AUGGAGGUCGAUCGUCCGGCAGUUAGCAACGACAAAGUCGAUGCAGAGAACACGCGACUGUGGCGCAUUUCCAAGACUCUUCUUGAGCUGCUUGCGGAUCGGGGCUAUCAGGUCUCAGAGUCCGAGUUGAAUCGAGGUUUGUCAGAGUUCUUGGGCAAGUAUCAGGCCGGUGCCGAUGUUAUCGAUCGCAGAAGACUCACUCAAUUCUUCAACCCGACCCCAGAGAUGAUCACCCGCGACACGCCCCGUCCGACUAAGAAGAAUCCGAACCCCAAAUCAACGGCUGGUACGAUGUAUGUCGAGUUCUGCCCUGAGGCACCUGUCGGUAUCAAACACAUUCGCGCCUUUGCGCAGAAUCUCGAUCAGCAGAAUUACAGCAACGGUAUUCUCAUAACAAAGGUGUCACCGAACGCCGCUGCGCUGCGCGCCUUGGAGCCUUUGGCCGAGCGUGGUAUCACUGCCGAGACCUUCUCUGAGGGAGACCUGCUGGUGAAUAUCACAAAGCACGAGCUGGUUCCUAAGCAUGUGCUGCUCAGCGACCAGGAGAAGAAGGUGCUUCUGGAUCGAUAUAGACUUAAGGAAACCCAGCUGCCACGUAUCCAGGCAGUCGACCCAGUUGCCAAGUAUCUUGGUCUGAAGAAGGGCAAUGUGGUCAAGAUCAUCCGCAAGUCUGAAACUGCUGGUCGGUACGCUAGCUACCGGUGGGUGUACUGA